AUGGGCAGCCUGCUGAGCGGGGUCAGCUUCAAGGAGCCCACCACGGUGGAGGACUGCGACUCCACCUGGGAGACCGACUCGGAGCCCGAGGAGGAGGAGGCGGCGGCGGAGCCCGGCGGAGAGCCGCGGCGGCAGGAGGAGGCGUGCAGCGCCGCGAGAGGCGGGGAAGAGCCGGCCACGGACUGCCGGCCCCAGGAGCUCCCGCUGCCGCCGUCCCCGCCGCCGGAGGAAGUGGAGCGGCCUGAGGAGGACCCCGACCCCGAGCAGAGCGGUGAUGGAACUGAGCUGACAGCCAAGCCAAAGAGAAGCUUCUAUGCAGCCAGAGAUUUAUACAAGUACCGACAUCAGUAUCCACAGAACUUUAAAGACCUUCGCUAUCAAAAUGAUUUGUGCAACCUCCGCUUUUACAAAAACAAAAUCCCAUUUAAACCUGACGGGGUUUAUAUUGAAGAAGUCUUAAAUAAAUGGAAAGGAGACUAUGAAAAACUGGAGCAUAACCACACUUACAUCCAGUGGCUUUUUCCACUGAGGGAACAAGGUCUGAACUUCUAUGCUAAAGAAUUAACUACCUAUGAAAUUGAGGAAUUCAAGAAAACAAAGGAAGCAAUUAGAAGAUUUCUUUUGGCUUACAAAAUGAUGUUGGAGUUUUUUGGAAUCAAACUAAUUGAUAAAAGUGGAAACGUAGCACGAGCUGCUAACUGGCAAGAAAGAUUUCAACAUUUGAAUGAGUCUCAACACAAUUACUUGAGAAUCACUCGAAUUCUGAAAAGUCUUGGUGAGCUUGGAUAUGAGAGUUUUAAAUCUCCCCUGGUAAAAUUUAUUCUUCAUGAAGCUCUUGUGGAAGAUACCAUUCCCAACAUCAAGCAAAGUGCUCUGGAAUACUUUGUGUAUACUAUUAGAGACCGACGAGAAAGGAGGAAACUCCUGAGAUUUGCCCAGCAGCACUACACCCCUCCAGAGCAUUUCAUCUGGGGACCCCCAAGAAAACAGAAAUCAGAGGGAAACAAAGCAAAUAAAAAGCCAGCAUCCCCAGUUUCUAUUCACAACAGUUACGUUUCUAAGCAUAAGAAACCAAAAGAGCCUAAGAAUACUUCAGCAAGUGGAAACUCAGCUGGGAAACCAACUGAAGAAAGAAAGGUGGAACUCACAAAAAAGGGGGAAGAAAAUUACCAGGAUGAACAAGAACUGAGCUGUGAUGCUGUUAGGCAGAACAGCAGUGAAAAGAACGGUGAUGCUGAUAGCGGUCAGCAUUCCAAAUCAGAGGAAACUCACGAUUCAGAUUCAAACAGAAAGGAGGAC